UCACGCACACUCACUCUCUCUCUCUCUCUCGUUUGCGAUCUGACUCUCGGCAAUGUGAAGUUGUGAACCACAAUUCGAAGGCUGAUGGCCUUUUCUUGAUCUCUCUUCUCACAUUUCGCCUUUUGCAAAUACUCUCAUUCUCUUCGAAAAUGGACGAAGAAUUGCAGAAAAGGAACACCGACUGCGUGUAUUUUCUAGCCUCACCCCUCACCUGUAAGAAGGGGAUUGAUUGUGAGUAUCGGCACAGCGAGAUUGCGAGGCUCAAUCCCAGAGAUUGCUGGUACUGGUUGUCUGGCGAUUGUCUUAAUCCUACCUGUGCUUUUAGACACCCUCCAUUGGAUGGGCAUGCUGGAGCAGCACCUGAAUCUGCCCACUGUUCGACACCUGUGAACAAGACCAAUGUUCCCUGUUACUUUUACUUCAAUGGGCUCUGCAAUAAAGGUGACAGAUGCUCUUUUAUGCAUGGUCCUGAUGGUAAUGCACCUGCUGGGAAAUCUAUAAAGACGGCCUCUAGAAGCAGUGAUGCACCUGCCUUAGAAAACAAGACAUCUGCCGGAAGUGAGACAGGGUCAGCAACUGCAGAAACACAUCUGAAUCCAUCUGAAAGUGCUUCUAAGGUACCAAUCAAUUUUAAUUUUCUUCCCAAGGAAGAACUUCAGCAAGCAGUACCCAAAAUUCUCUUCCUGCAAAGUGCCUCUCCACAGAUUGCUGUUUGUGAGUAUGAUGAUGCGGUGAUUAGGUCAGAGUCAUUGAUUCCAGCAGAAGGUUUUAUUCAAGGAAGAUCUCAUAUAUGCACAGAUCAGAGUUCAGAGGAGCAAGUGGAAGACCAUAUUGAGCCAGAGGAGCGGUGGGAAUCAUCUCCUGGCUUUGAUGUUCUUGUGGAUGAUAAAUCAGAGAAUUUGGGUUAUGAGGACGAUCCAGAGUAUUUGCUGGACCUUGAUAGGGAACAUAGAGAGCUGAAUAGCCACUUCUUGGUGUAUGGUUUUGAAGAUUCAGUUGAGUAUGAUCCCAUGUACCCUGAUGCAGAACUUCUUCGUGAACAUGGUAUAUGUGAUGGCUUUGAUCAUCUGGAUGAUGAGCAUCUUUUCACUAAUGUUGAAAGAGAACCUGGUCAUUCUAGAAGCAAAAUGUUGGGUUCUAUAUUGUCUGGGAAAAGGAAACUCGUUCCAUUGGAACUCGCAGUUGGUGACUGUAAUGACAUGGAUCUUCGAGACCAUCUGAGAAAACGCAGGGUGAUUGAUGGUUGUCAAAUUACUGGCUCUUCAAGAAGGCAUGGCUCAUCCCAUCUAAUUAAUCGUAGCCAAAAAAGGCAUCCAAGGCAUGGUAUGGGUCAACGGCUACAUAGAAGAAGAUUGGCACCAGAAGUGGGAAAGAACACUAUUGAAUCACUGAGAGAGAAUGGGACCUUUUUAAAUGGUGCAAACCAACAUGGUUUGCUGAGGCGCUCACAUCAAGAUAGGUCAAAGAAGAAUUUCAGGAAAAGAAGACUACCUAAACGGCACUUCUCAAGUGAAGUUUCAAGGAAACCAAUUGAAAGAGAGAGGAGAACAACUCGGGAGUCUACUAUGUUUACCGGACCCAAGACCCUUGCCCAGAUUAAAGAGGAGAAGAAAAAAACUGAAGACAAUGCAGAUUGCAUUUGGAAAGUUGGGAAUUCAAGCAGAACUAAAUUGGCCGACUUCCAAGGUCCCAAACCCUUGAGUGAAAUCCUGAAGGGCAAAUGGAGGCUGGAUUCUGUCAGUGACAGUGAUAUUAGUGGCCGCUAAAAAAAGGUGCGCCAUUGAUGCUAAGAGGAAUCAUGGUCAUUUAGUGAUAAGUAGUAAUUUUACAGAGCAAUCAUCAACAUUUAGCAAAAAGUAGUAUGUUUGGGCGAUGAAAAAGGGCCUAAGAAGGAGACCUCUAGCAUAAUUUUGUGAUCAUUGGAUAUGCAGGACACUCUAAUUUUACAUUCUAAUGAACGUAAUGAGGGCCUUGAGGAGAAGCUUACCUGCACUUGUUCUCAGACCUUCUCAAGAUCUUUUCUGUAGCCCCCAACGAUUUCUAAUCUCUGAAAGUUCAAGGCUACAGCAGCCUCUUGGCCGGCUUCCACGCGAACACCUUAUACAAAAACUCUUAGAUCAGUGUUAUCAAGCUUCUCUUGAUUUCUUGUACAGAGGUGCUGAUGAAUACACUCACUUAGUGAUUGUUGCAUUUGUAUUAGAAAAGUUUACUGUGCAUAAAAUGCUCUUAACGGUGUCCAUUUGGUUGCAUAACAAUGAUGGAGUUGUCUCUUUGGAUUUGUUUGAUGUGCUU